AUGGCCGAAGAGUACACCGCAUUGCUAAAAAAUCAGACAUGGGAGCUUGUACCAUCUCCUCAGCACGCCCAAUACAGUAUCUUCCUGCUCGUCUAUGUCAACGACAUCAUUAUUACAGGAUCCCCUACAGCUCCAUUAUCUACUCUCCUGGAGUCUCUACAAAAGGAAUUUGCUAUCAAAGACUUGGGUGAACUUCAUUAUUUUCUUGGAAUCGAACUAAAACGCACUCCGGAUGGUAUUCUUCUUCACCAGACAAAAUAUGCAGCCGACCUUCUUGCCCGAGCAAAAAUGCAGGAUGCGAAGCCUGUCACCACCCCAUGUGUAGCGGGCUCGGAUAUUCCAUCUUCUCAUUGUGGUGAGCUGUUCUCGGACCCGUAUCUUUAUCGUAGUACUGUGGGUGCAUUGCAGUAUCUUACUCUCACUCGGCCCGACAUUGCCUUCGCUGUCAACACUGCCUGUCAGUUCAUGCAUGCACCCACGGAGGUCCAUUGGCAGUUUGUCAAACGCAUAUUGCGCUUCGUUCGCGGCACGCAGCACCAUGGCAUGCUCUUCACUCGCAGCCGCAAUUUCCAUCUCCAUGCUUUUUCCGAUGCAGGUUGGGCUGAGGACCAUGACACGAGACGGUCAGUUGGCGGCUUUGGCAUAUUCCUUGGCUCAAAUCUUAUCUCAUGGAGUUCCCGUAAGCAACGGACGGUCGCUCGAUCCAGCACAGAGGCCGAAUUCAAAAGCUUAGCCGACACAACUGCUCAACUCAUUUGGAUCGAGGCUCUCUUACGUGAUCUCGGUAUUUCUUGGCAAGGCCCUCCGGUUCUUUGGUGUGACAACAUCUCAGCCAUUUAUCUGACAGGGAAUCCUAUCUUUCAUGCUCGGACAAAGCACGUGGAAAUUGAUUACCACUUUGUGCGAGAACGGAUCGCCAAAAAUCAACUUCAUGUUCAGUACAUCUCCACUACCGAUCAACCUGCCGAUAUCUUCACCAAAGGGCUCUCCACGGCUCGCUUUCGACUUCUACAGUCCAAGCUUACUGUGUGUUCCGCCACAUCAGCUUGCAGGGGGGUGUCAAAGGAAACGAUAUCGUGUCCUGAUUCAGCGACAAUCUUUCCACCACUCGCUCAUCAAGCAAGAUCAAUUCUUUCCAAAGAGAAAAGAGCACGAUGA